UCCGGGACGCACGGGCAGGCGGGCAGGCGGGCGGGGAUGGUGUGCGGGGCUGCGGUUCCUGCGUCCCUCCCCGCGGCGAGUGAGCUGCACUGAUUUGUCCCUGGGGCGGCAGCGCGGACCCGCCUGGAGAUGAGAUGAAUAUGCCUUGGAAACUGAGGUACCAGCAGUGAAGGAACGUAAAGAGCCAGCAAGUGGCCGCCCAGAAUGAAGUUUGGAAGACUCAUCUAUAGUCUGGUUAAGAUCACCUUAAAUUUAUAACUGUGGGCGUUAUUGUCACCACUUUGGCAGCUUCUGUAAUUGCAGAUUUUCUCAGCGCCUAAGAAUUGAAAUUGGUUCCUGAACAUUUGGAGUACUACACUCUAGCAGGAAGCUCCCUGGGGAAAGACUCCUUGUUUAGUUCUCAAUCUGUGCAGGCGUCGAUUAGCAAGGUAAAAGCGACAGAACCAUGGCUCAGUUUCCAACACCUUUUGGAGGCAGCCUGGAUAUCUGGGCCAUAACUGUAGAGGAAAGAGCGAAGCAUGAUCAACAGUUCCAUAGUUUAAAGCCAAUAUCUGGAUUUAUUACUGGUGAUCAAGCUAGAAACUUUUUUUUUCAAUCUGGGUUACCUCAGCCUGUUUUAGCACAGAUAUGGGCACUAGCUGAUAUGAACAAUGAUGGACGAAUGGAUCAAGUGGAGUUUUCCAUAGCUAUGAAACUCAUCAAACUCAAGCUGCAAGGAUAUCAACUCCCUUCCACACUUCCCCCUGUCAUGAAACAGCAACCCGUUGCUAUUUCUAGUGCACCAGCCUAUGGUAUAGGAGGUAUCGCCAGCAUGCCACCACUUACAGCCGUUGCUCCAGUGCCAAUGGGAUCCAUUCCAGUUGUGGGAAUGUCUCCACCUCUAGUAUCUUCUGUUCCUACAGCAACAGUGCCUCCCCUGGCUAACGGGGCUCCCCCUGUCAUACAACCUCUGUCUGCAUUUGCUCAUCCUGCAGCCACGUUGCCAAAGAGCUCUUCUUUUAGUAGAUCUGGUCCCGGGUCCCAAUUAAACACUAAAUUACAGAAGGCACAGUCAUUCGAUGUGGCUAGUGUCCCUCCGGUAGCAGAGUGGGCUGUCCCUCAGUCAUCCAGACUGAAAUACAGACAGUUAUUCAAUAGUCAUGACAAAACUAUGAGUGGACACUUAACAGGUCCCCAAGCAAGAACUAUUCUUAUGCAAUCAAGUUUGCCACAGGCUCAGCUGGCUUCGAUAUGGAAUCUUUCUGACAUUGAUCAAGAUGGAAAACUCACAGCAGAAGAAUUUAUCUUGGCUAUGCACCUAAUCGAUGUCGCUAUGUCCGGCCAACCCCUGCCACCUGUCCUGCCUCCAGAGUACAUUCCACCUUCCUUUAGACGAGUUCGAUCCGGCAGUGGUAUAUCUGUCAUCAGCUCGACCACAGUCGAUCAGAGGUUACCAGAGGAACCAGUUUUAGAAGAUGAACAACAGCAGCUAGAGAAGAAAUUACCUGUAACAUUUGAAGAUAAGAAGCGUGAGAAUUUCGAACGUGGCAAUCUGGAACUGGAGAAACGGAGACAAGCGCUCUUGGAGCAGCAGCGCAAAGAGCAAGAGCGCCUGGCGCAGCUGGAGCGUGCCGAGCAGGAGCGCAAAGAGCGGGAACGCCAGGAGCAGGAGCGCAAACGGCAACUGGAGUUAGAGAAGCAACUGGAAAAGCAACGGGAACUAGAACGUCAGAGAGAGGAGGAGAGGAGGAAGGAAAUCGAGAGACGAGAGGCUGCAAAGCGAGAACUUGAAAGGCAACGACAACUUGAAUGGGAACGGAAUCGAAGACAAGAACUACUCAAUCAAAGAAACAAAGAACAAGAAGACAUAGUUGUACUGAAAGCAAAGAAGAAGACUCUGGAAUUUGAAUUAGAAGCUCUAAAUGAUAAAAAGCAUCAACUAGAAGGAAAACUUCAAGAUAUCAGGUGUCGACUGACCACGCAAAGGCAAGAAAUUGAGAGUACAAACAAAUCCAGAGAGUUGAGAAUUGCUGAAAUCACCCACCUACAGCAACAAUUACAGGAGGCUCAGCAAAUGCUCGGAAGACUUAUUCCAGAAAAACAGAUACUCAAUGACCAGCUCAAGCAAGUUCAACAGAACAGUUUGCACAGAGAUUCACUUCUCACACUCAAAAGAGCCUUAGAAGCAAAAGAACUAGGUCGGCAGCAGCUACGAGACCAACUGGAUGAAGUUGAGAAAGAAACCAGAUCGAAACUACAGGAGAUUGAUAUUUUCAAUAAUCAGCUGAAGGAACUAAGAGAAAUACAUAAUAAGCAACAGCUCCAGAAACAAAAGUCCAUAGAGGCUGAACAUCUGAAACAGAAGGAACAAGAGCGAAAGAUCAUAGAAUUAGAAAAACAAAAAGAAGAAGCCCAAAGACGAGCUCAGGAGAGGGACAAGCAGUGGAUCGAGCACACGCAGCAGGAUGAUGCACAUCAGCGGCCAAGGAAGAUCCACGAUGAAGAAAAGCUCAGAAGGGAGGAGAGCGUCAAGAAGAAGGACAGUGAGGAAAAAAGCAAACCGGACGCGCAAGACAAGAUGAGCCGGCUUUUCCAUCAGCAUCAGGAACCAGCUAAGCCAGCUGUCCAGGCACCCUGGUCCACCACAGAAAAAGGCCCACUUACAAUUUCUGCACAGGAGAAUGUAAAGGUGGUGUAUUACCGAGCGCUCUAUCCGUUUGAAUCCAGAAGUCACGAUGAGAUCACGAUCCAGCCCGGAGACAUAGUAAUGGUUAAAGGGGAAUGGGUGGAUGAAAGCCAAACUGGAGAACCGGGCUGGCUUGGCGGAGAAUUAAAAGGAAAGACAGGAUGGUUCCCUGCAAACUAUGCAGAGAAAAUCCCAGAAAAUGAGGUUCCCGCUCCAGUCAAACCCGGGCCUGACCCGACCUCCACCCCUGCACCCAAACUGGCCGUGCGUGAGACCCCCGCGCCUGUGGCAGUGACCGCUCCAGAGCCCUCCACGACCCCCAACAACUGGGCUGACUUCAGCUCCACGUGGCCCACCAGCACGAGUGAGAAGCCAGAGACGGACAACUGGGACGCCUGGGCCGCCCAGCCCUCGCUCACUGUCCCAAGUGCUGGCCAGCUACGGCAGAGAUCAGCAUUUACUCCAGCCACGGCCACCGGGUCCUCUCCGUCUCCUGUUUUAGGCCAGGGCGAGAAGGUGGAGGGACUACAAGCCCAAGCCCUGUAUCCUUGGAGAGCCAAAAAAGACAACCACUUAAAUUUUAACAAAAAUGAUGUCAUCACCGUCCUGGAACAGCAAGACAUGUGGUGGUUUGGAGAAGUUCAAGGUCAGAAGGGUUGGUUCCCCAAGUCUUACGUGAAACUCAUUUCAGGGCCCAUAAGGAAAUCUACAAGCAUGGACUCUGGUUCGUCAGAAAGUCCCGCUAGUCUGAAGAGAGUCGCUUCGCCAGCAGCCAAGCCAGCCAUUUCGGGAGAAGAAUUUAUUGCCAUGUACACUUACGAGAGUUCUGAGCAAGGCGAUUUAACCUUUCAGCAAGGGGAUGUGAUUUUGGUUACCAAGAAAGAUGGUGACUGGUGGACAGGAACAGUGGGCGACAAGUCCGGAGUCUUCCCUUCUAACUAUGUGAGGCUUAAAGACUCAGAGGGCUCUGGAACUGCUGGGAAAACAGGGAGUUUAGGAAAAAAACCUGAAAUCGCACAGGUUAUCGCCUGCUACACCGCUACCGGUCCUGAGCAGCUUACCCUGGCCCCUGGUCAGCUGAUUUUGAUCCGAAAAAAGAACCCAGGCGGUUGGUGGGAAGGAGAGCUGCAAGCACGUGGGAAGAAGCGCCAGAUAGGCUGGUUCCCUGCUAAUUACGUAAAACUUUUAAGCCCUGGGACGAGCAAAAUCACUCCAACGGAGCCGCCUAAGCCGACGGCAUUCCCAGCAGUGUGCCAAGUGAUCGGCGUGUACGACUACAGCGCCCAGAACGACGACGAACUGGCCUUCAGCAAGGGCCAGAUCAUCAACGUCCUCAACAAGGAUGACCCCGACUGGUGGAGAGGAGAAGUCAACGGCCAGGUGGGGCUCUUCCCCUCCAACUAUGUGAAGCUGACCGCGGACACGGACCCAAGCCAGCAAUGGUGUUCAGACUUACACCUCUUGGAUAUGUUGACCCCAACCGAGAGAAAGCGACAAGGAUACAUCCAUGAACUCAUUGUCACAGAGGAGAACUACGUCAAUGACCUCCAGCUGGUCACAGAGAUCUUUCAGAAACCCCUGAUGGAGUCUGAGCUGCUGACAGAGAAAGAGGGUGCUAUGGUUUUUGUUAACUGGAAGGAGCUGAUUAUGUGUAAUAUCAAACUACUGAAAGCGCUGCGGGUCCGCAAGAAGAUGUCGGGGGAGAAGAUGCCCGUGAAGAUGGUCGGCGACAUCCUGACCGCGCAGCUGCCCCACAUGCAGCCUUACAUCCGCUUCUGCAGCUGUCAGCUCAAUGGGGCUGCCCUGAUCCAGCAGAAGACGGACGAGGCCCCGGACUUCAAGGAGUUUGUCAAGAGGCUGGCGAUGGACCCUCGAUGUAAAGGGAUGCCACUGUCUAGUUUUAUACUGAAGCCUAUGCAACGGGUAACAAGAUACCCACUGAUCAUUAAAAAUAUCCUGGAAAACACCCCCGAAAACCACCCUGACCACAGCCACUUGAAGCACGCCCUGGAGAAGGCGGAAGAGCUGUGCUCGCAGGUGAACGAAGGGGUGCGGGAGAAGGAGAACUCGGACCGGCUGGAGUGGAUCCAAGCGCACGUGCAGUGUGAAGGCCUGUCGGAGCAACUUGUGUUCAAUUCAGUGACCAACUGCUUGGGGCCGCGCAAGUUUCUGCACAGUGGGAAACUCUACAAGGCCAAGAGCAACAAGGAGCUGUAUGGCUUCCUCUUCAACGACUUCCUUCUGCUGACCCAAAUCAUAAAGCCCUUGGGCUCUUCUGGCACUGACAAAGUCUUCAGUCCCAAAUCUAACCUGCAGUAUAAAAUGUACAAAACACCAAUUUUCCUGAAUGAGGUCCUAGUAAAAUUACCCACUGACCCUUCUGGAGAUGAGCCCAUCUUCCACAUCUCCCACAUUGACCGAGUCUACACCCUCCGAGCCGAGAGCAUAAAUGAAAGGACUGCCUGGGUGCAGAAAAUCAAAGCUGCUUCCGAACUCUAUAUAGAGACAGAGAAGAAGAAGCGGGAGAAGGCGUAUCUGGUCCGCUCCCAAAGGGCUACGGGUAUCGGAAGGUUGAUGGUGAACGUUGUUGAAGGCAUUGAGCUGAAACCCUGUCGGUCACACGGAAAGAGUAACCCGUACUGUGAGGUGACCAUGGGCUCCCAGUGUCACAUCACCAAGACCAUCCAGGACACUCUGAAUCCCAAGUGGAAUUCCAACUGCCAGUUCUUCAUCAAAGACCUGGAGCAGGAGGUCCUGUGCAUCACCGUGUUCGAGAGGGACCAGUUCUCGCCAGACGAUUUUUUGGGUCGGACAGAGAUCCGUGUGGCUGACAUCAAGAAGGACCAGGGUUCCAAGGGUCCAGUUACAAAGUGUCUCCUGCUACACGAAGUUCCCACAGGAGAGAUUGUGGUCCGCUUGGACCUGCAGUUGUUUGAUGAGCCAUAGGGAGUGGGUCCAGGGUGUGCUUGCAGCGUUCCAGGCUGCGGCGGCAGGUGCAAUCUGGACAUGGUGUGGCUUACCUAAGACCACCAUUUGACGUUCAGCCACAGGGCAAUGGGACAGUGAAGACUCAAAAAUUCUAGGAGUAAUUCUUGACAAUCUUUCCCCCGCCCCCAAACAAUUUCCCAUUUUAUGAAACAAAACUAUGUCUUCCUUUGUCCUCAUUGCUGGUCUCAUCAUGGCUUGUAGGGGCUUUGAAAUCCCAUAGCCCCCAGUUAAAUUCAGUUGGGAGUCUAGUCCAUCCCUGGGCCUGAGGUGUGGUUCUGGUUACUGUAAAAUAGAUUUAUAAAUGCAAUGUCUGUAUUUUUGGAGAAUUCAUGUAACGCUCCUAUUUCUUAUCUCCACCAGUCCCCGAAUAGGCCCCUUGAUCUGUAACGCCCAGUCCUUCGUGUGUUUAGAAAUAAUUAUGAAGGUCCUGCCGCUGCUCCAGAAUCUCAUUCCCCCACUGGGACCUUGUUUGAAAUGCUGCCCUGGAUAUGAUCACUUGGGGAGAUGGUCUCCUGAUCAGACAGUGCGCUAGCUCUUUGAAGAGCUAGUCCAUGGAAGAUUCUAGUAGGGCCAUUGUUAGAGCCAUUCCAGUCCCCUCCAGGUCUUUUAUUGAUAGAUGUCAAUGAAAACUAUCACUAGCUACCAUCAGGUGAUUCAGUUUUGAUUUCCAACAUGCUUGGAAGAUGGCUAAGAAAGCUUGUUAUCUACAAAGUGAGACUCUGCUGGAUUAGAUCACCACAGGUCACCUGGAAAGGCUACUUUACAAUGUCAUUGGGUCCUGGUUGCCAGCCCGGUUGGAAAAUUCUCUUUGGCUUGGAGGUCCUAUGAUGUUUCGUGACAAGAGUAAUUGCUGGUGACCAGCUCUGAGCCUAUUUUCACUUGAGUGUGUCGGAUCCGGAUUGUCAUGGGAAGUUCCAGCAGCUGUCUUUGCUAUGUUCCCAAGAAAGACGUCCCCAAGAUGUGAAAAAGGAAAAUGACAAUCUGGAAGUGGGGUGGAAAGAGGGGAAGGAACGCCAUUGUGUGGUGGUGGAAAGGCUCUAGGAGCACCCAAGCCUCACAAAUCAGGGAAGGAAGACCUAAGACUCUCUCCCAUCCUCUUCCACACACAACCAACCUCUCAGUAAUGGAAAUACAUGUGCUUGUUGCCAGAGUUGGGAGCGUAUGACCAUGUGCCAAACUGUUUGGUUUGAGUUCUUUGAUUUUUUUUCCCCCUUCAACACCGGGAGAUAGGCUGGUUAGCGAGAUAAUCACUUGAUUGGCUAAUGAAAAGUGUGGGCUGUAUUUUGUUCGCAUGUGAAUGUCCUCCUAAUCCCAGUUUGUCGUGGUCAUGACACUUCUUUGCAUGUUCUCUUCGUACUGGAGUCUAGCUUUCCUGUGUUAGAUGGUGUACUCUUUGAUUGUAGGUCCUUAGAAUUUCACUAGGACUGUAGAAGUGCUUUAUAAAGGGGGGCAUCAACAUAGCGGCCAAGUCCCCACUUUGCUGGGAACCGAAUGCAUAGUGUCGUCAUUUCCUGUAAGAGCCCUGACAUAUUUCAAGCAAUUUUUAAAAGAGCGUGUGUUAGAAAGGGCAACAAAGUUUACAUUUCAUACUUUGAAGAAACACUUUAUUAUUUAUUUAUUGAAGAUAGCGUAGAAUUUUGUAUUGAGAACAACAGACAAGUAUUUUUUAAGACAAACAGACACACCCUUUAGUUAGAAACUUUCAACUGAGCACUAUUAUUAACAGACCCAGUUUAACUUCAAGCAUGCGUUUGUGUACCACUCCCCAGAAGAAAAUAUAGUUAGAAUACUUUAAGUUUAUAUUUUCUGACGUUAAGAAACUGUGUGAAAUUAAAUCUAUAAAUCGACAUACAACUCAUGCUUUCCUAUUUCUAUAACCAAUCCAGUUUGUGCAGUGUACUUACGAAGGACAUGUUCUAUGGUAGAGAAAAAAAAAAUGUAUGUGAUGGGUAAACGGGGCGGUAUUGGAUCACCAUUCUGAUCCCUUUCCUUCCGGGAGGGAGACCUUCUCUUCACUGGCUUUCUUCGGGUGUCGUGCUGGUGGUCAUCACUGUUGACGCAGGUGGGAUGUUAUGUGAACAGUGACAAGCAUCUUGUGACCCCUUUAGGUCUGCGAGGUCCCCCACUCCCAGAGUCCCAUGAUCAGAAUUCAUGUAGCAUGAAAAUGCAGUAUGUGAGUCUUUUCCCCAAGUGACUCUACUGAGCGUCCCUGAGGUGGUCUCCCAGGGUAGUAAUUCCGGAUUGCUGUCCUUGUCCCCUCCCUGGUGUAAUCUGGACUGCAACCGAGCCUACAUACGGAUGAGUUCCUCUGGCCCCCAGGAGUCGUACUGGGGGAUAGAGACACGUAGACAAGCGCAUGGGGUCUCUUUGACCUCUAUUCUUCUCCUUCUGCCUUUUUGGCUGCCUGGGCUACAUUUCAUAGAGAUGAAAAGUCUCUUUCCAAGAAGCGAUCUGUUUCCUAGCUCUGUGCUUCCAAAUGCAGGGUGUCUGUAGGCCACUGUAUCCUGGCAUCUUGACCCCAGCCUUCCAGACGCCCCUGCAAGCUUCUCUUCUUCUCUGAGUUGCAUUCUGACCUCCUCUAGCCCAGCAAAGGGCUUUUCUGCUCACAGGCUGUGUGCUGAGCUGAGGAGCCCUUGGACCAGGCUUUUUGUAGACUAGCUGUCCAGAAGGGACAAACCAUAUCCCAGUCCCUUUGGAGCAGGGUGUCUCUGGCCAAUACUGUGUCCCCUGGCAGACAGGCAGGCAGCAGCAUCUCCUGGAACCAGAUCUGCUGUAACCAGGAGAGCCUGGAGGGUGUUGUGCAUUCAGACCCCAGGCUUGCCUGACUCUGGAAGGGGGACUCUUCUAGGCGAGGGUCACCAGGGAUGUCUGAGAAACUGGGGCCAGGGGAUGAACUGCUAGAACCGCCAGGGAAGGGUGAUUGCAGGUCUGCCGUCCAAGACCAGGCUGGUGGGCUGUCUCUCCAGGCACUGGCUGGUGCAGCCAUAAGCCACUGACCCUACAGAGUGGGAGUGUUCUAGAAUCCAAUGGGGUUGGAGAACACGGGAGGAAUGGAUGAGGUGCUUCUGGUUUUCUAGAAAGGUUGGAGAUUUGGGGAUAUAUUUUAGAGCUUGCCACUGCUUUAUAGGAGGAGAAAAAGCCUUCUCUAUCUCUACUCCAAUCAGCUUUUUCGAGUUGGGUGGACUUUUUGGUUCAUAAGAACAAAAUUUGUUUUUGUGUAGAACAACUUGAAGAAUUUCCAUCAGGAGUGGCUGGUAGGUUUUUAAAUUUUAUUUCACGUGCUUUUUUCCUUUUAUUUUAUGGGGACUGCCUUCUCUUUUCGAGGUUGGCGAUGAACAUUCCUGCAGACAGGAGCACUUCAAACGGGACACCGGCAUAGUUUAGAGGUAGCGGGGUCAUUUCCGACUUGAGGUGAAUGUGAGGUUGGCCGAGGGUCUGCUUUCUCCAGGUGCACGUGCUCGCUAAUUUAGAGCCUCCUGUGCUGGAAGGUGGGGUGAGGAAAACAAAGGAUCCUGGAUGUUCCUUCUUUGCUUUCCGGUAUAAGAACCUGAGUUCCUACCGGGGAAACACAUGGCUGGCAGCACCAGAAACCAGUGCCUAGUGAAGCCUCAGGCGCUGUGGUCAGAGCUGCCCUAUGACGUGUUUGGUCAAAGUCACACCUCCUUCUCUUCUUACCCUGAGGUGCUGACAUCCCCCUUCCUGCCGGGAAUGGCCCGGGUCAGCGGCCAAGACUCUCCUGGCAGUGCCCUGAGCCAUGUUGUGUGGGGGACAUUUCAUAGCCUGUAAAGCAAGUUGGCAUGUUGAUCGUACUUGGAAAACAGCCCUUUAUUUGAGCGAGAGGAAAGGAAAGUUCAAGAACUCCCCUUUCCUCACUUUGCCUGGUGUCAGAUCCAGGAUGUGUUUGUAGGUCAUCCAGUUCAGUUAAGGAACAUCACCUGAUAUCUGUAAAAGCCUUAUCUAUUCCCCCCCCCCCC